CUUGUGCCCUAUCCCCUUGGCACCAAAUGAACGUCCUACUGACUUAAUGUUUUAUAUCUAUUGGAAAAUAUAUACUGCACCAUUGACCCACAUAGCGCCGUUUCUACUGGAAACGCGUCAUGGAAACCACCCAAAUCAGUUGUUAAAAAAAAAACUAGGUGAAAAAUCUGUAUACAAACAGUUCAUCAGAGAUAAUCACUGUAGCAAAAUGUUACUAGAUGCUCCAGAAAGACCCCCUCGAUCUCUACGGUACGUGGAGGAUGCUUUCGAUCAGAUCAGUAAAAGGAGAAACAUUCGGGACAUAGUAAUUCUCAACGAUCUGGGGCAUCCGGUAAAGAGUACUAUGGGUCACGAUGACUCCGUUCAGUUUGCUGGACUUUUCCAGGCGAUUCGCGGACGACUGGAGCGAGGGAUGAAGAUAAUUGAUCCCACAGAUGAACUUUUAAUGCUAAGAGUACGUACAAAAACCAACGAGGUGCUGCUAACGCCAGACUCCAAAAUCACAGUUAUUGUCGUACAAAACGCCCAGGAUGAUUUCCAAAAAUAAUUGAUUCUAAAAUAAAAUUGAAUUGUACCUGACACUAUAAAAUCUGUUAGAUAUAUCAAAGGUAGGUAA